AUGACCCUCAAUCCCGGCACCGUCUUGCCGAUUGCCUUCACUUCUUAUGUCCUCUACAAAGCUAUGUCGCCCUCAGAUAUGAGCCGAGAGAUCACCUGGCAGGACUUUCGGUCGACUUUCUUGGAUAGAGGACUGGUGGAUCGGCUCGUGGUCUUGAACAGGAAUAGGGUCAAGGUCUAUCUGCGUCACGACGGACCCGGACCCACUUCAGGAACAUUGGGUCAGCCCCAUGGAACAACUUACACCUUUAGCAUUGGAUCUGUCGAGGCUUUUGAGCGCAAGCUGGACGAGGCGCAAUCUGAAUUGGGCAUUCCUGGAUCAGAUAGGAUUCCGGUAUCGUACAGGGACGAGGUCAAUCUCUUCGGAACUUUGAUCCACUUUGCGCCUACUCUGCUGCUAGUCGGCGUGCUUGUCUACAUGGCCAAGAAGGGCCCCGGAGGCGGUGGGCAGGGUAUUUUUGGCGUUGGAAAGUCCAAGGCGAAGCUCUUCAAUCAGGAGACCGAUAUCGCAGUCAAAUUCAAGGAUGUCGCCGGUAUGGACGAGGCCAAGCUCGAGAUCAUGGAGUUCGUCAAGUUCUUGAAGAAUCCUGCAGCCUAUGAAAAAUUGGGAGCAAAGAUCCCCAAGGGCGCCAUUCUGAGCGGUCCUCCCGGAACAGGAAAGACGCUCUUGGCUAAGGCAACGGCAGGCGAGGCUGGUGUUCCUUUCUUGAGCGUAUCUGGAUCCGAGUUCGUCGAGAUGUUCGUUGGUGUUGGAGCUUCACGUGUCCGCGAUCUCUUUGCGAGCGCCAAGAAGCAUGCGCCCUGCAUUAUCUUUGUGGACGAGAUCGACGCUAUUGGAAAGGCACGUGGGAAGGGCGGCCAGUUUGGCGGCAAUGACGAGCGCGAGAGUACGCUGAACCAGCUGUUGGUUGAAAUGGAUGGUUUCGGAUCGAACGAGCAUGUUGUUGUCCUUGCGGGAACGAAUCGACCGGAUGUGCUGGACGACGCCUUGAUGCGACCUGGUCGUUUUGAUCGUCAUAUUGCCAUUGACCGUCCGGAUAUCAAGGGUAGAUGCGACAUCUUCAAAGUCCAUCUGCGACCCAUCAAGACAAACGAGGACAUUCCGAAGCUGGCACAGAAACUUGCUGCAUUGACACCAGGAUUCUCGGGAGCUGAUGUCCACAACGUUUGUAACGAGGCAGCCUUGAUUGCUGCCAGACAUAACCAGGAUACUGUCACAGCGGCUGACUUUGAGGCUGCGAUCGAGCGUGUUAUCGUAGGUCUCGAAAAGAAAUCGAAGGUGCUUUCGCCAGAGGAAAAGAAGACGGUCGCAUAUCAUGAGGCUGGCCAUGCCGUUGCGGGAUGGUACCUGGAGCAUGCGGAUCCUCUUCUCAAGGUAUCUAUUAUUCCACGCGGAGUUGGCGCUCUGGGAUAUGCUCAGUACCUGCCCAAGGACCAGUAUCUGUAUUCGACUCAACAGCUCAUGGAUCGCAUGUGCAUGACUCUUGGCGGACGCGUCUCGGAGCACAUUUUCUUCGGCACCAUCACCACUGGCGCCCAGGACGAUCUCCAAAAGGUCACCAAGAUGGCCUACGCUCAAGUUGCAACCUAUGGUAUGGACUCUGAGCUGGGACCGCUUUCAUACGGCAAUCAGGAUAACAAGGAUUCAUUCACGAAACCAUACAGUGAGCAGACUGGUCAGCUCAUCGACAACCAGGUCCGGUCCUUGAUUGGCCAGGCCUUCCGUAAGACCACCAAUCUCUUGACAGAGAAACGUGUCGAUGUUGAGAAGGUGGCGAAGUUGUUGAUGGAGAAGGAGGUGCUGAACCGUUCGGACAUGGAGCGUCUCCUUGGCAAGCGGCCCUUCCAGGACAAGUUGCACGAGUUGUUGGGAACCGAGGUCACCCCACAGGAUGCGAUAUAUAUUAACCCUGACUCUUCGUCAGCACCAUCAACAACACCCUCGCCUCCUACAAUCUCAUAG